ACUGCCACGACUGAAGUGACCAAAAUAAAACCAUUUUAACACACUUGUUUAACACUUUGUUAACAAACUCGGAAAUAUAUAUUCAUUCCCCGUCAGCGCGCCAACCGAGGAGGAUUUGCUCGUGCACGAGCUCCUCUAAAUUUAUUUAAUUUUUAUUCUAAUUUUAAUAAAUUUAAUUGGUAAUAUCUUCGAUUAUAAUUGGAAAUGUGUGAAAAUCCCUCAUCGUCAAGCUGAACAACUAUUUCAGCCAAAAAAUUGCAUUUUAAAUCUUUAUUUUAGAAAAUUAGAAUUACCACGUGGCUUUUGCCUGUCCACUCGGUUGGUUGGGGAAUCAAAAUUGGUUUGUAUUUCAAAAUUAGGUUGGUUUUUUGGUGCAAUUUUUCCAACAAAAAUAGUUUUAAAAGUAUUGGCUUAGAGAGGAUGUAAACUGACGAAACUAGGCAAAUUAAACUCGCCGUUUGUAAUCAAACUUACAAGUACAUACUCAAACCCAGAAUCCAGAUUGAUCUUCAGCCCGAGAUGGAUAGAGAAUGUCUCAAGAGUUCCAAAACAUUCACGUUCCCAUAGAUCUCACCACACAGGCUCCCGAAGCCAAGGUGAAACGCAAGAUGGGUUUUAAGCCUGGGAUGAAUCGAGAAGGUCGCAAGUGCUCAAAAACGGUCGAAUCUGAUAAGAAUUGUGCUCCUCAGCGCCCCGUCACGCAUGACUCCGACAAGAAGGCGAAAUGUGAGAUUUGCAGCAAAAGUCCGUCUACCUUAUGCACACACAUAGAAAAUCUCCACACUAACCAGGAGCGACCCAAAGGUGACAUUGCCCACCAGGCGUCUUCCUCAACCACAAAUUUACCCAACGAUGUUGAAGCUGUCCACAGCACGAAGAAGGAACGACCCCGUUUCCCGUGUACGUUCCCCGGUUGUGAGAAAUCCUACCUAAGCAAAUCCAAAGUUGCAAAACACUACAGAACUCAGCAUUCGGAGAAUCCUGUCCGAUUUCGGUGCACCGUUUGCGAGAAAAAAUUCAAAACGAAGGCAGACCUUGGGCGACACAGUUCCACCCAAACGAACGCGAAGCCUCAUAAAUGUGCCAUUUGUGGGGGGAGAUUUGCCCACAAAGCGGCCCGAAAUCGUCACCAGACGAUACACCUUGAAAAAUCGGCCCGAGAGAGUUUCAAGUGUCAAUUUUGUCCUACGACUUCCUUUCGGAGAUCGAACUUACAAAUCCACAUCCGGUUGAUCCAUGAAAAUCAAAGGAAUUAUCCGUGCUCAUUAUGCGAAAAAAAGUUGUCGAGUGUUCAAGAUUUUAAGCGUCACGUGGCGGUGAGACACUCCGAAAACAAAGGAACUUCAACCGCUAUACGAGUACAAAAACCACUCGAAAAAUAAUUUAGCACAACAUGUGAGAAGUUACCAAUAUUUUCGAUUGUUACUUCUGAAGUUUCGCGAAUUUGAUUCUUUAGUCUGUCACUACGGGCGAUGACACGCCAUGGGAAAAUCACAUUUAAUUUUUCACAUGUGGAUAUCUUUUGAUUUAUAAUUAAGAUAUUUUCAAGUGAAGUUUUUUUUCCCUAAAAUAUAUUUUUAUAAUAGUUCUGAUUUUUAUAAUCCUUGCACAAUGUUACUCGUUGAAGGCAAAACUAAUUUGCAUAGCCCACAACAUAUUAUCAGAUGCAUGCACACGUCUUUAUUUUGAACUUUUUCAUUUGGUGACAACCUACGGUCAAAGUUUGUGCGUUUGUUCUCUAUUUCUUAUAAGUAGAUGACAAAAUUUCAAAACAUUUGGUAUUAUUUAUCGUUACAUAUUUCUAGAUUUUCAGACAUUGAUUAAUUUUUGCUACUUGGUGCGUAAAUACAUAAAACUUUUUUUGUGACUGCAUAUAGAUAUAUCGUAAAUAUUCUGGUAUUUUUGUCGUAAAUAUUAAAUGCAUAUUUCAGCGAUUUUUCCUAAAUACAUAGCCGUUCUCUAAAUACUAUGUAACCAGACAUAAAAUUGGCCGGCUUAAAAUGUGCCAUGCAAACAAGCCCAUUCACUUAAAUAAUUCCUUAAUUAUAUAAUUUUUAUUCUAAUACGGUAAUAAAUAUUUUAGUUUUAA